AGCUGACAAUUGUAAUGCGCAUUGAGGAAUCAAAGUUGGUGCAAACAGCUUGCAUUUAGCCAAUUGUACAGACCUCCUGCUACUCUGGCUAAUGUAAUACAGUCAACUGUUGUCGCUGUUGCUGUCGUGCUGUUUGUUGUGGUCAAGCCGCUGAUAUGACGACGGCAACAUCGUACGCCCUCGCCAAAAAAAAAAAAAAACUAAAAUGCCAGCGCGUCCUCAGUUGAACGACAACAAUGAGCUGAGCCGCAACGUCGCUGGCCAGUCGACAGCAGCAACAGCAACAGCAGCAACAACAACACGUCAUUCUUUAUCGAUUUUAAGUGUAAGUCUCGCUCGUGUGACUCCAAUUGCGGUUUUUGGUGUCAAUCAUAUGCAAUCGCUGUGGCGCUGGCAGCUCUAGCGCUCCGCCCAGGAAGCGGCUACACAGCCUUUCGAUGAGCAUGCUAGGCUUUGUCUACCUGGUGCUUAUACUGGGCUGGAUACUGAUCGUGUUGUUUCUCAAGUGCAAAAAGUCGCUGGCGGCGCCUUUUCGCCUCAGUGAACACUACACCGAUGCCAUAGCCGAGAGCAGCGAGCGUCGUCCCUCAGUGCAUGUUAUACAGCUGCAGAGCGAGGACAUUGAGCAGGAGGAUCAUUAUCUGGAUAAUUUUCAUCGCCAGUCAAACAAUUUGCAGCGCUAUUCGCAUCGCUCGACGCUGGAGGAGCGCACCAUUGAGCGCACAUAUCCAACAGAUGCGGUUAUCAAUCCUGCCUAUAGCCAUGACGAGGACUACAUUAUCAAUGCGCCGCCGCCUUCAUAUGAGGAGGUAAUGCGUCAGCCGCAGGUGUAUCCGCAAGUGCGUAAAAUAAGCGAAAAUAUAUAGUUUAGUUAUAGCAUAUUUAAUAAGUUGUUUGUCAGCUGUGAUUUUUCAGAUUAUACGCAUUAUUACUGUAA